AUGUCCUUGUUGAAUCUGCUCGGACAGUCGCGCCUUCUCCAGCAGCAGGGCGCGCAGAUGCCCUUUCCGGGCAUGAACAACUUCCAGCUCCAGAGCAUGAACAUGGCUCUUCAGCAGCAGCAACAGAGCCAACAGCCGCAGCAGCCCCCACUCAACCAGCCGAAAGGGAUCGUCUCUGACAAACCCUACGUGUGCGACAUUUGCGGCCGGGGCUACUCCUACUUGGCCAGCUUGGAGCAACACAAGGCCUGUCACCGCGCCGACCACCAGCACCAGUGCCAAGGCUGCGGACGCCUCUUCAAGACCAAAGACGAGCUCGAGAAGCACAAGCUCACCCACAACACUGACGGUAACGAAACCCGCCCCCACCAGUGCGAAACAUGCGGACGUCGAUUUACCCUCCUGGAGAACCUCCACCGCCAUCAGAUGAUCCACACUGACGAACGGCCCUUUGGCUGCCAUUACUGCCACAAGCGAUUUCGACUCGCCCAGCACUUGAAAGAACACAUCCGAAUUCAUACAGGAGAGAAACCCUACAAAUGCAAUGUCUGCGGACGCGCUUUCUGCCAAAUCUCCAACUUGAAGAGUCACCAGAAAACACACACGAAAGUCAAAGCCUUCGAAUGCGACAUUUGCCACAAGACCUUCCGCCGCAGCUUCACCCUCAAGCAGCACAAGCUCAUCCACGAGCGCGAGAACAUCUCCGGCGCCGCCGCCAAACAACCAGAGCCCAGCAUCAACAACAACAACAGCGAACUCAUCAAGAAAGAGCACUACGAAGUGCCAGCCGGUCUCCCAUUCGUCGGACAAGGAAACGAGCCAGACGAACAAGAAGAUGUCGAAAUCGAGGUCUGCGACGAACACCCAUCCGCCUCCGAGCUCAACUCCUGCGGCAACUCCUGUGGCAACAGCUGCGGCGAGGGUGAUUCGCCAUCCCAGGCCCACUCCGACUCCGGCCACGGUUCGCCAAACCACAAGUCGCUCGAGAACUCCUCCGAAGAAGAAGCCACCAACUCGGGCUCCGACGACUCCGGCGCCAUUGUCGAGAAAGAAAAGCGACCAAAAUUCUACCGCCCCUUCGAGGUCGACGACUCGCCAGUUUACACUCCAUCCAAAAGACACAACCGCGACAAUCAUCUGCCAAUCGACAUUACUCAAACCAAACGAGUUCGAGACACCAAUGGCAAAAUCAUCGUCUACCCAGGCAUCCGCGACAAUGCUAGAAUCAAUCCCACAAGUGCUCUUGACGAAUUACGCCAGGCCGCGGGCGGAGCAGCGCACUGGGAGAAUCUGAGAAGCGAGCGAGAAUACCUCUGGCGACGACUCGGGCGAGGACAAGAAAGCAGUCCGGCAGUGCACGCGCAGGGAGUCGCCGCCAACGGCAGUGGCGAUUCUGACAUGGUGCCCGUGGUCGAGUGGCGACCCGUCGUCGUCGGCUACCGAAGCCUGAAGGACGGAUCCGUCAACCGCGAAAACGCCGAGCAACUGAUGAAGCACUCGCUCUUCAACCCGAUGGCCUUCCCCAGCCAGCAAUAA